AUGCUCAGGACGGAUUCAAUGAGUGCUGUGAAGGGUGCUGUAGCGCCCGUAGUGACGAAGCAGAGUUUCGAGUCUGGUGUCCAUUUCCAAGAAUCCGAUUCAUCUGCGGGAGGAACUGGAGACAUCACAAAGGCUAAAUUUGCGUCUCUCAAAAUAUCCAAGAGUGCUUGGAAGUGUGAUCUCAAGAUGGUGGUGGUGAGCUGCAAGGCGGAGGUCGGACCCUCUCCGUCUCCCAUUGCCGUGAAGCCUGGCUCGAACAACCCCGCCACCACGACAUCGCCAGACGAAAAAGAUGCAGGAGCCAAUGAUGCGCCGCCGAAACAGACCGAAGAGCAAAUCGCCGCUGCGCAACUCGCGCGCCUCGUAUCCGACCUCAAAGCCCUCGACCCAGCUGUGGCGUCCGAAGCCAUUCGAAAAGGUCAACGCGGCAUCCCCUUCGCCACGGGCUUCAACCUCGAGAAAGACGAAGACUUCAUGAUUGAAGAAGACGACAAGCGCAAGGUCGCGGCUGGGUUCUGGGCUGAGGGCGAGGAAAGCAUGGGCGUGGACGAGGAUUACUUCGGCGAUGAUUUGACGAGCCAUGGCCAUGGAGAAUUGGCCAAGCAUAGACAGUUGAGGCAUUACAAUCGGCUUGUUGCGUGGGAAAUGCCGUUGUUGAAUCAACUCGCCAAACCAUUCACACCCCCCACCCACACUACCCCCUUCCGCUUCCGCUACACAUCCUACCUCAACGAGCCGCACCCCGCCGCCAACAAAGUCGUCGUCGAAUUCGACCCCACCGACCUGUCCCUCCCCCCGAAAUCCGUCUCCAAGCUGAUCAAACUCGCGGGCCCCCGCUACAACCCAGGCACGUCAGUCGUCAAGCUGUCGUGCGAGAAAUUCGACACGCAGGCGCAGAACAAGCGCUUUCUAGGCGAAAGCAUUGAGGCGCUGCUCAAAGAGGCCAAAGACAUGACUGACGAUUUCGAAGACGUGCCGUUUGACUUUAGACACCAUCGGCCGAAGAAGAGGACCGAGUUCCCCAAGGAGUGGGUGUUGACGGCGGCGAGGAAGCAGUUUCUGGAGAACAAGCGCGUAGAGCAGGCGAGGAUGGAUGAUCAGCGGUUGAAUAAUGGGCAGAUGAUUGAUGGGAAACUGGUGAUUGAGACGAGUUUGCCGUUUAUUAGUGAGCAGGCGGAGGCGCCGGAGACGGUUAUGGUGGGUGGGGCGAGGGGGAAGGAAUUGAGGUAG